AAAAGUCCAAAAUCUUUCUGUCUCUACAUAGUGAUCUGAUCUGUAAGGGAAUCCAAAAAUCCAACGACGCCUCCCGCUUUCCACCUCACUUCAAUUCUUCCCCUCUUCCUCUUCCUUUUUGGUUCAUAUGGCCGUUGCUUCUUCUGGGAAAGCCAAGCCCUUUUCUUCCUGCUACCAAAUACCAAUAAAUGCUUAGCAAUGGAGUCUCGAAUAAGGCUCGCCAUUCUUUGCUCCCACUUUCUCCCCUCUUCCGCUUCUCCUAUUGCUUCCUUCCAUCCUCAAACCCAAUUCGUAUCUCCUUGUAAUUCUUCUUCUUCUUCUUCUUCUGCUGCUAAUUUUAUUGCGAGCUCCGGCGGCGGAAAACAGGGGACCCAAGACUGUGUCUUUUGCUCUAUUGUUCGCGGCCAAUCUCCGGCGUUCAAACUUAACCCAUUGAGUCAUGGGUAAGGCAUUCGCUUAUUAUACCGAAGGUUCAUUUUUCUACCUUGGAGUCGACCCCUCCAUCUUUGGUGGCAGCAAUGUGUUCAAAGGCACCUUUUAUUGCGAAUGCUCUAAUGAAAGGUCAUUGGCUCUGGUAAUACCUUCCACACUUCUCAAUCACAGACCAAUUGCUAUAUACAUAUGUUGUUAUCUCCUCUACUCAUUCUCUUUUCGCGUCGUAACUGUUUUCGCUGAUUCAUUCAACUUACUAGUGAAUAACGGGGCAGCUGCAGGGCAAGUUAUAUACCAUAGUUUGCCAAGGUAUUCCGUAGUUUUCGACCAGGAAGCUUCCCGUCUUGUUUCGUCCAUCAGAGAACAGUUGAUGGACGUUUCAGGGGACUACAAGCAUCAGGAAUCUACGCCAUCUCGAUUCUCUCUCUGA